AUGAGUGAAGGUUGCAAUACUGAUGCUGUGACUAUUCCUGCUGCUGUUGUUGUGGAAGAUGCUAUUGUAGAGGGUGAGAAAGUGAAAUCACUUUCCCAAGUUUCUCGACCUACUGACGAAGAGAUUUUGAGCUUUGAGCGUCAAAUCAAGGCCGAAACUCUAUUGGCUCCCUUGGUGGGAGAUAUGGUCGAUUUUACAGCUCUGCAGCAGGAAUAUGCAUCUGGACUCAAUGUAUAUGUUGACAAGAUCAAGCAUUUGAAAUCUACAUGUCUUGGUAUGCGGAAUGUACGCAAAGAUGGCAAUUGUUUCUACCGAGCUUUUGGAUUUCGUCUUGCCGAAUUGGUUUUUGAACAUCGUGAUUUGCCAUGGAACCGAGCCAUUCUUCAGCGUGCCAAAGAGACCAAAGCAUUGAUGACUACUAUGGGAUAUGACAUGUCUAUUUUAGAAGACUUUUGGGAAAGGUUUCAGGAUGUGCUGUUGAUCAAGGAUGAGGAUGCUGACGGGGUGAUUGGCGCGUUUCAAACGGAUCAUAUCAGUGAUACAGUCGUGUGCUAUCUGAGGUUGAUUACUGCCGCAUUACUGAAGCGAGAUCGUGAUAUUUAUGAAGCUUUUGUGCUCGGUGACUAUUCUUCACUCGAGUGCUUUAUUAGUGACUGUGUUGAACCAAUGAAUGUGGAGUCUGAUCAAAUUCACAUUGUUGCCAUGGCAAAUAUCUUUCAGGUGGAUAUCCGUAUUGCUAAUCUAGACACUUCUGUUGCCCCCGAAGGAAUCAAUUUCCAUGAGAUUUCCCCCAUGGAGCCUAUGCAAGUAGAUCAACCCCCAACAAUCACUCUACUGUACCGACCAGGUCAUUAUGAUGUGUUGUAUCCAAAACCAAUCGUUUAA